AGACGAUGGAGGACAUCGAUAAGAACGGCGACGGCUUCAUCGACCUGGAGGAGUACAUCGGUGAGCCCAGCCCCGAGCCCGGCGUCUCAGACCAGAUCCCAGACCAGAUCCCAGCAUCCCAGACCAGAUCCCGGCAUCCCAGACCAGAUCCCAGUAUCCCAAAGCAGAUCCCAAUAUCCCAAAGCAGAUCCCGGCAUCCCAAAGCAGAUCUCGGCAUCCCACAGCAGAUCCCAAUAUUCCAAACCAGAUCCCAAACCAGAUCCUGGCAUCCCAGACCAGAUCCCAAAGCAGAUCCCAAUGUCCCAAAGCAGAUUCCGGCAUCCCAAAGCAGAUCCCAAACCAGAUCCUGGCAUCCCAACAAAACCAGAUCCCAAAGCCGAUUCCAAUGUCCCAAACCAGAUGCCAAACCAGAUCCUGGCAUCCUAAACCAGAUUGCAAAGCAGAUUCCCAUGUCCCAGACCAGAUCCUGGCAUCCCAAAGCAGAUCCCAAAACAGAUCCUGGCAUCCUAAACCAGAUCUCAAAGCAGAUUGCAAUGUCCCAAGCCAGAUACCAGCAUUCCAAACCAGAUCCCAAACCACAUCCCAGCAUCCCAAACCAGAUCGCAAAGCAGAUUCCAAUGUCCCAGACCAGAUCCUGGCAUCCCAAAGCAGAUCCCAAAGCAGAUCCCAAUGUCCCAAACCAGAUCCCGGCAUCCCAAAGCAGAUCCAAAACCAGAUCCUGGCAUCCCAAUAAAACCAGAUCCCAAAGCAGAUUCCAGUGUCCCAAAGCAGAUCCCAAAGCAGAUCCCGGCAUCCCAAACCAGAUCCCAAAGCAGAUUCCCAUGUCCCAGACCAGAUCCUGGCAUCCCAAAGCAGAUCCCAAAGCAGAUCCCAAUAUCCCAAAGCAGAUCCCGGCAUCCCACACCAGAUCCCAAAGCAGAUUCCAAUGUCCCAGACCAGAUCCUGGCAUCCCAAAGCAGAUUGCAAACCAGAUCCUGGAUCCCAAAGCAGAUCCUGGCGUUCCAAACCAGAUCCCAGACCAGAUCCUGGCAUCCCAAAGCAGAUCCCAAAGCAGAUCCCAAUGUGCCAAGCCAGAUCCUGGAUCCCAAAGCAGAUCCUGGCGCCCCAUACCGUAUCCCAGCUUCCCAGACCAGAUCCCGUUAUCCCAAACCAGAGCUCCAUAUCCCAACCCAGGAUCCCAAAUCCCCCCAGGAUCCUGUGAUUCCAAACCAGAGUCCCAGAUUCACCCAGGAUCCCGUUACCCCAAAACCAAACCCCAUACUGCCCUGGGAUCCGGUUAUCCCAACCCAGGAUCCCAUUACUCCAAAGCAGAGCUUCAUAUCCCCCUGGGAUCCCAUGACCCCAAUCUGGGAUCCCAUUAUCCCAAACCACAGUCCCAUAUCCCCCUGGGAUCCCAUCAGCCCAGCUCGUGAUCCCAUAGCCCCAAAGCUCAGCCCCAUGUCCCCACGGGAUCCAAUGACCCCAACCCAGGAUCCUGUUGCCUGAACCCAGGAUCCCAUUAUCCCAAAACAGAACCCCAUAUCCCCCCGAUGAUCCCAUAACCCCAAAGCAGAGCCCCAUACCCCCCCCA